AUGGGGCGCAUGCACAAUCCCGGCAAGGGUAUUUCCCAGAGUGCUCUUCCAUACAGGAGGACUGUUCCUAAUUGGCUGAAGUUGCCUGCUGAAGAUGUCGAGGAACAGAUUUACAAGCUGGCCAAAAAAGGCCUGACACCUUCACAGAUUGGUGUAAUUCUGAGAGAUUCACAUGGUGUUGCUCAAGUUCGAUUUGUCACUGGCAACAAGAUCCUGCGCAUCUUGAAGAAGAAAGGGCUUGCAGCAGAUCUGCCAGAAGAUCUUUACAGUCUGAUCAAGAAGGCGGUGAACAUUCGCAAACAUUUGGAGCGAAGCAGAAAGGACAAAGACGCCAAAUACCGCCUGAUCUUGGUGGAGUCCAGAAUCCAUCGUCUGGCCCGCUACUACAAGACCAAGAAAGUGUUGGCUCCCACAUGGAAGUACGAGUCGUCAACUGCUUCUGCUUUGGUUGCCUAA